AAAAAUAAAUAAAUAAAAAUUAUGGCUAAGUGGGAAAGAAACUAGGCAGCGGAAUAAAUUUGAAUGAAUUCCAUUACUAAUGAGCCUCUGGUUUUUUUUUUUACAUCUUCAGACAAAUUAAACAUUAGCAGUAACACUACACUAUGCUUUUUUAUUGCAUAAACUGACAGAAGCUGAAAAUUGUGCUGGUUUCAGUUAGACUGAUUCCUGAAUGACUUCCUAUACAAUAUAUACUCACUAUAUGCUCACUACAUGUAGCAUAGCAUAUUGUCAUUGCAGAACCUAUGUAGUACAAUACAGACCCAGUAGAACACUAUUUAUUAGGCUUGCAUAAACAUAAACAAGCUAGUAUGUCUUAAGAGACAGUGGCAUUCCAUGGAGCCACUUCAGUAUUUUAAGGGGAAACAAGAUUAAGGCCUGUUUUUAUGUUGCUUUGUGUCAGGUCAAAGAAAGCAAUUUGUGAAUUUAGGGUAGUAAUGACUAAUCAAUUAGGUGUGGCAUAACAAUACAUAACCAUUAGCUGACUACUUUGUGCCCAUCACUACUUUAUACACCUCCUUAUCCAUAAUUGUUCAGCUGUUGGUGUCUUGGAUACCUGGCAAACCCUAUCACUUUACUCUAACCUGUAGGCAGGGACAGCUGCUUGGGCCAGAAAUUUAAGAAGAGGAGCAUUGAGAAGAAAAGCCUCAGGGAUUUACCCAAAGACACACACACACAAAUAACACACCACUUAACCUUGCACCCAUGUCAUUUGGCUGACUCCUCUAGAGGGACAAGCAUCAGACAUACACACCACCAACACAAAGUCUGUAUACCAUGUACCCGGUGAUGAGGUAACUCAGGUUAAAUGCCACUCAAGGACUUAACCUACACUUAAGGACACCAGAAGUUCAGUCUUGUCCUUCUCAAGUCACCACGUGGCCUGGAAUUUGAGUCCAUCACUGCAGAGUUUCUGGAGGGUGCAAGAGCGGAAGCUAGGAUCUCUAUGUUAUGUUAUUGGGAUUCCUGAGCGAGUGUGAAUGUCUCCGACUCAGUCACUGACAUUCAGGGAGGCCUGGAGUACUAUUACACGGUCAGCUAGUGCUUAUGCAUGUUUUAUCUGCUGUGAGGUGAAACAAGAGUCCUGCUGUGUCACCUGAUACAUUUGCUCCAUUGCUCGAGCCCUGACAGCAAGCCUCCUGUGGCUCGCACGCACUAUCCGUCCGUUCAUCUAUCUAUCAAGUCCUCCAUCAAAAAAGGGACAAUUCUGGGACAAAUCAAAAGACUUAAGGUGAUAUGUGACUCUUGAUCAAUUGCCACCUUCAGCAGAGGUUACAGUCAAGGGAUCAUCUUAGAGAGAGGAGAACUUUGGUAGGAGCUGUGCUGAUAAGAUGGUGAGGAUUUCAUAGUGUCUAGCAGCAACAACGGGAUCAAUCAACAGGGAGUCAUCUAGAUACACAUUUUGUUGGAAUCAACCAGCUUGGCAGAGACACUUCUCUGAAAAGGAUCAUCUGGAUCUACAAUAACGCUUGUGUUCCUUUGUUACCCAGCCAGCUUAUUAGCAAGUAUACCAUCAGUAGCAACUCUGACGUCAACACCAUUGUUGAGCAUGACAGACACUCUGCGGCCACCAUCUCUCCGGGUGCAGGUCCCAAGGGAUGAUCCCAGCUCAGCUUGGUCCAGCUCCUCCACGCCCACCUUGAGGCGGCGCCGACUGAAGAUGCGGCGAACAAAGAAGGCUCCAAGUGAGUGCCUGGAGAAUGGAUCCCUGAGGCAUUCAGGCUCUCGCUUAGCCUCCAAGGAGUAUCUACAACUUCCCGCCAUUGAGAUCACGCCAUCCAGUGAUGAGGACGCUCCAUGGUCCAACUGUUCCACGCCCAGCGCCUCGCCACGACGCAAACGCUUUCUGAUACGCAAGUGGCUGAAGGUGCGAGAGAAGAAGGAGCCAGACAACGAAAGCAGCAGUCAGCCGAGCAGCCAGCAGAGCAGCCAUGAUGACGACUCCUCUCGCUUCCUGACUCCGUUUAUGCGCAGCACUGCCAGUAAUUCGACCCGGAGCAGUCCGGCUUGCUCUCCGGUGUUGCGGAAGCGCUGUCGCUCGCCCACGGUGCCGAGUCUGGAGGGAGAAAACAUGGUGGAGAAGGGCUCCGAACACUCCGACACCUCCAAGUCGCCCUCUACCCCAGAGCAGCUGGUCACCCGCACAUACUCGGCUCAGUCCACACGCAGCAGCUCUAAAAACUCCAAGUCUCACAAGCGACUGUCCAAAAAAAGUCAGAGCUGGUACAAUGUUCUCAGUCCCACCUACAAGCAGCGAAAUGAAGACUUCAGGAAGCUCUUCAAACAGCUCCCAGAUACGGAGCGCCUCAUUGUGGACUACUCCUGUGCUCUGCAGAGGGACAUCCUCCUGCAGGGCAGACUCUACCUCUCAGAAAACUGGAUCUGUUUCUAUAGCAACAUCUUUCGCUGGGAGACACUACUGACGGUGCGUCUGAAGGAUAUUUGCUCCAUGACAAAAGAAAAGACAGCACGUCUCAUUCCCAAUGCCAUCCAAGUGUGCACAGACACUGAGAAGCACUUUUUCACAUCGUUCGGGGCGAGGGACAGGACAUACAUGAUGAUGUUCCGGCUCUGGCAGAAUGCUCUGCUGGAUAAGCCCCUGUGUCCUAAGGAACUGUGGCACUUUGUCCAUCAGUGCUAUGGUAAUGAGCUCGGGCUGACCAGUGACGAUGAGGACUACGUCCCCCCGGACGAUGACUUUAACACUAUGGGUUACUCUGAAGAGAUCCCCACUGAAGAAAACGAGGUCAGUAAUGAUAACUCAUCUAAGAGCAGCAUAGAGAAUAAGCAGGACAGCAGCCCUCAAUCACACAAGAGAUCAAUCACCCACUCCACUAUCACGUCCACGCCCAGCAGCACAGAUCUGCCUCUGUCUUUUGGCAUUGCUCCUGAGGAGUACACAGACUGUCUGCCGGACCCGGAGCUCUUGACGUUGCCUCUGCUGGCUGUUGAGAGGAGCUGCGAGUCUGCAGAGGGACAGCUGGGUCCAGUGUCCUCACCCUCUCUCGACUUCAACGAUAAUGAAGACAUACCGACUGAGCUCAGCGACUCUUCUGACACACACGAUGAAGAAGUGGAGGUGCAGGCAUUCCACGAUGACCUUAACGGGCGUCAGUACAUUAACGAGGUGUAUAAGUUCAGCGUGGAUAAGAUGUACUCGUUCCUCUUCACCGAGUCGCAGUUCAUGGCUGACUUCAUGGAGCAGCGCAGAUUCACAGAUGUAGUGUUUCAGCCAUGGAGGAAAGAGGAAGCAGGGAACCAGAGGAGAGAGAUCAUGUACACCAUCUCACUCUCCAACCCACUAGCUCCCAAAACAGCCAACGUCAGUGAGACUCAGACUCUGUACAAAGCCAGCCAGGAGAACGUGUGUUACAUCAUCGAUGCGGAAGUUGUCACUCAUGAUGUUCCUUAUCAUGACUAUUUCUACACACUCAACCGCUACACACUCACCCGUGUGGCCAAGAACAAGUGUCGGCUCAGGGUUUCUACAGAGCUGCGCUACAGGAAGCAGCCAUGGGGACUGGUGAAAGGUUUCAUCGAGAAGAACUUCUGGAGUGGACUGGAGGAGAACUUCAGGAGCCUCGAACUUGAGCUGACGAAAGCUGAGGACCUCCUGUUAGAAGCACAUGGGCCAUCUCCGAAAACCAAAGCCCUGAAAAACUCCACCCUGAGGCGGAGAAAAAGGCCCCUCCCACACUUGCGCACACCUCACUUGGAGGAAACCCUUAGCCCUGUGACCACACCCACUGAUGAGGAGGUCAUUCAUAGAAUCAAACAUGUAUCAGCAGGCUCCACACAAACAAGACACAUUCCUGAACACACCCUCGGGGGCGGAGCCUUCUGUAAAAUCUCCAAAUUGCUGCUUAUUAUCAGUUUCGUCCUGGUGCUGCUGGUUUUCCUGAACAUGAUGCUCUUCUAUAAGCUGUGGAUGCUGGAGUACUCCGCUCAGAGCCUAAUGACCUGGCAAGGCCUACGUUUGGAUGAGAGUAAAUUACCACAGACGCAGGUGGAGUGGGCUCAACUUCUAGAGUCUCAGCAGCGCUUCCAUGAAGCCGAACUACAGAAAUGGAGAGAGAUCAUCAAAUCAUCAGUUCUGCUGCUAGACCAGAUGAAGGACUCGUUACUGAGUCUGCAGAGAGGUGUAACUUUUAGAGACUAUGGCUCAGACUCAGAAGAAAAGCGGACUCAUUACCAUUGACACGUCCCCUGUAGAGCCACCAGGUGUCACCGGGCAGCGUAGAGCCACAUCUGUGUGUGAGAGUGUGUACCAGCGCGAAACAGGCAGAACCCGCCUGUGCACUGCUGUUACACGAAGGACGGAGAGAGAAUGCAGAGAAAGAGAUGGGGAGCGUUCACGGAGAGUCAAAACCUAGGAUAUCUCACCUCCGUCUGCUCUGUGGAAUCAUGGGAAUGCGACGUUCUGCAGUCUCCCCUCUUUUUCUCUGCCUUUCAUUUACUGAUGAUAUGAUGCUGAUAGCAGUCGCUAUAGAGAGACAAAAGCCGUGGAUUGAAGAAGUGAAACGGAGGCAAAAUCACAAGGUUGUUUUUUUUUAUAGUUUCAUCUUAAAUCCUCCAGUCCUUGAAGUGGUGUGAACCCUUUUCUGUUAAAAGAAGAAAAGUGAUGUGAUCAUUUCAGCCUUCAGGAGACUCUCUGGCAUGUCAUUUCACUGUAAGGCUGCAGUGUCCCUUUGCCAGGAUACACAUGGCCAUGAAGACACUCCACACUUUUCCUAGAUGCACCUAUUAGACAUGAAAACCUAAUUGGUUACUGAUAUUGUGGGGUUUUUUUUGUCAAUAUUUGGACUGUUAUCAUGGUAUUUUAAAGUAUUACAGAAGCCACAUCAAAGUAGUAAAGUGCCUUUAAAAAUUAAAGGAGCACUUUUUUAAUUUUUAGAGACUUCUGCUGUCUGUGAGCUGAAUCAGAGCACAAAGUCAGCACUUUGGUUCCAACUCGAGAGGGUUCAGGACUGUAGUUAAGGGCAAGGCAGUGGCAGUGAUAGCCUUCUGGCUGUACACUCACUCCCAUCAGCUUCUGCCAGUCUCAGGUGCGUCCACGGCCAUUUUGGUUAUUCAAAUUCAGUCAUUUUACUGCUAAUUCAUUUGGCUGACAUUUAUUAUGUAAAGGAUAACCCAACAAAAAGGAUGUCAUUGAUUAGAAUGUAAUGGCCACUUAUCCUAUUUAUACCACAGCACCAUUGAAAUCUCGAUUCUGAUUGGUUAGAUAGUUUUGAUUCAUUUUCUAUAACAGCAGCUUUGACAGUAGUUCCAGCUAUAAUUCAAAUCCCAGGUUUAUACUAUCUAUAGCAACAACUUACACAGCUACUUGUAUGCCAGGCGCUCUACAUAAAUAAACGAAAGACAUGGUGAUUAUUGAUAUGGAGAGGUUUUCUGUAAGGAGACAUUAACUUAGCCUUUUUUUUUUUUGGAAAGGAGUCUCCAGUGUCAGUGCUUUGUAACAGUCAGAGGUAAAGCUGUAGGUUUUCAGACAUAGGAAAGAGUCUUCAGAGAUCUUUGCGGUUUCUCAGUAACAUGACAUGCUGCAUGAUAUUUUUUUUGUCUUAUUAACUUCAAGAGAGAGAGAAAAAAGAGAGGUGGGUCAGGGAACAAUGCUUAUAGCUGCUAUAAUGUAAGUGAUAACAGGAACUAACUUGUUUCACAGACAUGAAACUUAACUAUAAAUUGAUUUUAAAAAAGUAUGACGUGUCGUUCUUCAAUAAAAAAAAUUGCUACCAUUGGCAAAUGGUAUAAGAGAACUCCACAUCCCAUUGUGUUGUAUUUAUUACGUGUCACAUGGCCAAAUGUGAAAUAAGGGACACUGCAGCCAGACGUCCAAGACGACCUGUAUUUUUAUUACAGUGUUUGGUUACUAAACUGUGAUCUCCUAAAAAUGUUGAUAAAUGAUAUGGAUGAAUAAGAUAUAUAGUAUAUUUGGAAAUAGAAUUAUAUAUAUUUAAUUUAUCUAUGUGAGGAUCCUAAAUCUAGACAGGAUAAAAAAUUUCUAUCUAUUAAAUAGCGUUUACUUCAGUGUUGCACCGGCACACGUCUGUGACGUGUGUGUGGGUGUGUGUGAGAAACUUGUACUGUAAUAAGUAGCGUCUAUGUGUUCCGUGUUUCCGUGUGUUAGUACAAGUGGACAAGUGUCUAGCAAGUAUGAGGUUUCAGACCAUUCCACUCCACGUGUUGUGUUCUUCAUGUCUGGUGUACAAAGCCAAGCUGCCUUUCUCUUGCCCAGCAGUUAUCGAGCAGUAAACCCCCAGAGCCGCCAUCUCGGCUCAGCUCCCAUCCCCCCACACGGAUUGUGCACUCACAUUGUUUCCCCAUUGUUUAGGGUAAACGUCUGGAUCACCAUUCUCCUGAGGUAAAGACACUGCCUGAUGAACGCUAUGUGAAUUUUCAAAGCACUGAAUGUCCUUUAUUUUCUUGUCAAUAUAUUUGGUCAAGAAAAUGUUUGCACAGAAGAGACAGAGAAGGGAAAUAGCUUAGCUUGAACCAAAUAUAGUAUUGAAUUAUGUAUAAGGUGUAUAUAAUUAUAUAAGACCCAUUUUCAUUCAUUUUCCCACUGUUGUGAGUCUAUGGCUGUGCUCCAAUACUGUCUACCAUCUUUAGGGUUCUUCCGUUACUUUAUUUGACCAAGUGAAGGUUAGAUGAGGGCUGAGAAAUUGAGACGCUGUCAUUACAGACUAAAGAGAUAAAAUGCUUUAUAUUUUAAACUCAUUUUCUUCUUUCAAAGUGGGUUUUUUAUAGCCGACUUCUCAAUUUAUGCAUCACAGGAGUAGAGGUGGGAAGUAACACAGUACAAUUAUUUUAUUACUGUAUUUAAGUCUGUUUUUUAAGUAUUUGUAAUUUACUUGAGUUUUUCAUUGAGCAAAUACUUUUGGCUUUUACUUUUCUAUACUAGAAAAUGAAUUUUCAAACACUACAUCACUACCUUUCUCUAUAAUCAUAUUUGAAAAGUCAUAAGGUAACUUUUUUUAGCAUUGAAAUGUGUAGUUUGUAAUGUCAGAGCUAGUCUCAUGCAAGCUAACAUUUGAGAGAUUAGAAAUAAAGCUGUUGUUAGUUAGCCUUGGCUAAUGUUUUCCCAUAUUUCAUACUUUAGCUAACUUUAAAGAGUUAACACUAUUCUAGUUUAACUUGAACAUAGAAUUUGAUGCUGUUUACCAGAUUAUUUAUUUAGAUGAGUAAUGAAUGAGUAAAGACUUUGGGUAAUUUUACCAGCUAAAAUUACAAUGGUCUAGCUAGUUAACAGCCUAGCUAAUUAGCACCCUAGCUCAGGGGUGUCAAACUCAAGUCCUGGAGGGGCACAACCCUACAGAGAUUUGUGUUUUCUCUUUUAUAAAACAACAAAUUCAGGCCAUGAAUCUUUUGGGAAUUAGCUAAAGAUUUGUGUUGUGCUGGUGUGUUGAAUGAAGUAGAAUAUUAAACUCUGCAGUGCUGCAGGCCUCCAUGACUAGAAUCUGAGCAAACCAACUAAUUAGCACUUUACACACUCUAGGUAAGAAAAAAUAGCCACUCUGACUCUGCUUUAUGCAAAGAAAAUAGGCUGUACGAAUGGAAAAGAAAAUGGCUUCCAAUAAAAAAAAAUCUGCUUCCUGUUCUGCCAUGACAGAGAGUCAUCAAGGGUUUAUAAAAACAGUAUUGGAACACAGCCUAGGGACGUGUGUGUAAAUUGAAGGGAAGAGAUAAAGCACUUUAUGUACUGUUGAAAGCACGAGGCAGAAGAGUGUGUUGAUGAGAGAGAGGGUGUUUAUGUGCUUUUAAUGUCACAUGCUGGGAUUGUUGUUAAUUUUAUUGACUAAAUUGUGUCAUUUGAAUCAGGUGCUUUGCUAAAUCACUCCAACUGCAAAUCAAAGUUGCACAGUUACUGAACUUUCUAGAAUGUUGCUUUUAUUCCAGUAGUGUGCUUUGCUCUGAUGUUAUUUGAUUUCUUUUUUUUUUUUUUCUUUUCUACUUCUUUAUGAGUUUGAGGUUUGAAUGUUUUCUCUGCUGUAGCUUGCUGUGUUUUCUUGGUUUAAGAUGCUGUUUAAAAUAUUGCUAGAAAUGAGUGUUACAAGUCGACUGCCUGCUGUCUAUAUACACUGAUUUUUUUUUUUUUUUUUUGGUAUGGCAUUAUCUCCUUUUCUUCCAGGUUCAAAAGUUUCACUAAUAUUACAGUCAUUACAGAAGAAAUCAUUUCCUAAUUUUUUUAGAUAAUUGUUUCUGUGCUGAGUUGGUGACUUAAGUCCAAAAGUCAAUGUUUAUGUGGGGAAGGUUAUGCAUAUUCAGAGUUUGCUUAAGCAGCUCGAUUUUCUGACCCAUUCAGAUUUUAUGCAAAAUUAUUUUAGCUAGUAUAGUACUUGCCUCUGUGGUUGCCAGAUUUUUCUUGAGCAGAAGUGUCCAAUAUGAGUUUUUUCAAUAGUUUCUAGACCACUGGAUAAGAUAGAUAGAUUCCAUAGAUUUUUAAAUGUAUUUACAGCCUAAAUUUCAGUGUGACACACUGUGGUUACAUCAAACUGUCAGACUAUGGCUCUGGCUCCUCACUUGAGCCAAUAUCACCCAAGAAAAAAUGCUUAACUUCAAAUUCUGAAUUGCACGUAACUGAGAUGUAACAUUUACUCAAACUCCACCGCACAUGCAAACUCUAGUGUAUCUUCUGAAUAGUGCUUAAGUCCAGAGUUACAUCUGAGGUCUAAAUACCAAUGUGUGCAAUUUCACUAUUAAAUCCUCCCUCUGUGUGCUUAACUCAACUCUGAAUAUGGCACUCUCUCUCUUUCUCACUCUCUCUCUCUCUCUCUCUCUCUCUAUGUGUGUGUGCAUGUUUGUGUGCACCUGCAUUCCAUUCAUGAAAUUUUAUAGAUGAUUAUGAUUUGUUUCUUAUGGACCAUUCAUCGUCUUGAAGAUCUAAGAUGAUAUUUUAUGAGGUUUGAUUUCUGCAGAUGUCAGUGAAAUGUACUGGCAGUCGCCGUUACUGUAUUUCUUCAUCAUUUAAAUGUCUCUCUUGUUUAUUGUGAUCACUCCUGCUGGUGUGUUUGACCAAAACUACUUUGAGUGUGUGAUCUGAAGCUGAACGACUUGAAUGAUUCAGUUACAGUUGCUCUGUUAUUGAAUCACUUAUUAAAGUCAGGAUUGUGUAAACAUGCACGCUGCAGGUGAAAUAGACUGCAGUUUCUUGUAAAUCAGCACAUUAAUGCUAGUAGAUGAUGAUGAUGAUGAUGAUGAUGUGACGAGUCUCCAUGGUAACACACAAACAUCACUUCCUCUAUACAGCUGUAGUGGUGUGAUGGACAGUCGCACAUAAAUCCAAGUAACAAUCUUACAUAGCAAAAGCAUUUUCUUUUUCUUGUCCAUGUACUAGAUUUCUGAACUUUUUUUUUUUUUUUAACACCAUAUGAUUUAACCCGUGUAGCAAAGGUCAGCACAUUUGGUUUUUAAUGUACAUGUUUCUUUUCCUUUUUCACUUUAUUUUUAGAGCAGUUCUGAUCUCUAGGACAGAAGGAUAGAUUUAUAAUAUACGAGUACAUAUGCACUGUAUGUAAAUGUAGUGUAUAUCUGCAGUGUACACUGAUACAGAGAGCGAGUCUGCGCUGUGCGCCGGCCUCCUCUCGACCCCAACACACUUUGCCUCAUAGAGACUGAGUGGCUUUCUGAUCUAUGUGAAUUAGGAAAGGUUGAAUAAAACACUGGAGAAAUUAAAAGAUGUGUCUGUGCAGUUGGUUUUAUACACAACUAGUAGUAGCUCAAUCAGUUGAAGCUCAAUCAGUUGCUUGGAGUAAAAAGUGACCUGUUAAAGUUAACCACGACUUCUGAAGACUAUACAGUGUUUUCUUUAUUAAACGAGGCCACAGCCAUCUUUGGCUGGGAGUCUAGGGAGCAAAUUGGCCGUGCUCUCUGGGUGGGAGGUGCAUACUCUCUGUCCCCUGUCAAUCACUGUGAUAACCAAGAUUAGGUGUCUGUGACCUCAUGUAUUUGGAAGAGGGCAGACAGCGCUUUCUUCUGAGUGUGUUACACUACCCUGUGACAAAGCAUGAGCAGCAGUUCAAAAAACAAUGUGAUUAGCUUGCUUCAUAUGUCUUGCAAGAAGCACCUAUUAGCCUUCACCCUCCCUGGUUGGUAGGCAUAUGAUAAGGGAGAGCUGGCUGGUGGGAGGGAAGUGGCAGGUGACUAAAUUGGGGAGAAAAUACAUAAAAA